AUGGCGGCUUCGUCAAGGUCGUCCUCGACUCCUGGAGCUACCAACAAGACAAAACAUGCAUUGCCGGUGCAAACGCCAAAUUUUGUGCUCGGCAUGCUUAUUCAGGUUGCACGCCGUAUCCUUUUCGUGAAUGUUCGCCUGAAGGCUGCCGCGCACUUCCUCGGAGUGAUCCUACUGUCGAUUGUCUCUCACUAUGUAAUGACCACUGAUGAGCACCUGUUGGAGAUGAAAUUCAGCUACUUCAACCAGUACGGGGUGAAGCUAGGAUGGUUCUGGACGUGCGCUGUUGUCGGGCCAUAUAUUUGGUACAGUUCAAAGCUGCACCACAAAGACGGAGAUCGUGUGUGGGUCGACAUGCUGCGGCUGGGCAUGGCAACGCUGAUGUGGUACACACACCUCCAUGUAUUCCAUUGGAUUCGCGAGUCGACGUCACGAUGCGACAAGUCGGUUAGAUUCUCCAGGGAUGAAUGUUCUACCAAUGGUGGCGUGUGGAUACCAGGACACGACUUCUCCGGCCAUUGUUUUCUGCUCAUUUAUUCGAUCUUAAUCGUUAGCGAGGAGGCUUCCUCGUACCGACAGUGGCAGCAAUUGGACGCCGGUGUGGGACCGACCGCUAGGAAGCAGUUUGCAUUUGACAGCCUGAUCGCGCAGGUGUUCUUCGUGCUGAUGUGCGUGUUGCAUAUUUGCUGGGACUUUCAACUCUUGCGAUCCUGCAUCUACUAUCAUACAUUCUUGGACAAAUUUGUCGGCGCGGCGGGCGGCGUCUUCGCAUGGGCCUUCACGUACCGAUUUUUGUAUCCUAAUGGCUUCCUUUGUAUGCCCAUACAUCGAAGAAAAGCGGAC